CCCAGAACAACGUGGAUUGUGAAGUAACUCCCAUAAAUAUACAGAUGCCCAAUCAUGACCUGCAGUCGGUUGAGCUUGCUGUGAGUUAACGGGAAUAUCACGUCCUCAAGGUCUUGGAAAUACUGUUUUUAUUUCCAACUAGCACACGAGCAUUGCACACACAGAGAGGACAUUUUCUCUUCGGAUGUAAAGAAGGUACGUAGGUAAAAUUAACAUUCACGUUCAACAAAUUUUUAUUAUGACAUUUGUUGUGUUUGAAACGCGACCACUGUAGUAAAUUUUGUUACAUUCUUUCGAAUGUUAAUAUACAUUAGAAUAAUUGUCCAUGUUGAUAUCCAUUAGAUUGAUAAAGAACUGAGGUAACUGAACACCUACACUAUCUCAAAAAACAUUUACUUUAACAGAAGUAUCACCUACACAAGAACAAGAUUAUCCCAAACGAGAAAAGAAGUAUCGCCAGCAAGAACAGAGGUAUCACCAGCAAGAACAGAAGUAUCACCAGCAAGAACAGAAGUAUCCCAUACCUACAAGAACGAAACUAUCACCUAUCUACAAGAACAGAGUUAACCCCGUUAUUCUAACAUCACCAAAAUGUCCUUCCGUUCAUUCGUCCUACUACAACUCAUCAUGCUGAGUUUGGUCCUUUUACCGGAGGUCUGGUCCAAGGUCAGGGUCGGAGGUAGCUUUAAACCUGUGGGUAUCUCAGCUCCGAAACCCAAGGUGCCUAGUUUAACCAGGGGGUCAUCAAUAGACCAUGGGUCUUCAUAUUCAGGGACAGGUUUUCAUCCUGUCCACAGAUACAAUUAUCGAAAUGGAGCGCAAUCAAAUGGUAAGACAAUCGUAUGUGAAAUCUUGUAUUUCAAUUGUUUGAUGUAAAAGUCUUGUAUUUCAAUUGUUUGAUGAAAAAAGUCUUGUAUUUCAAUUGUUUGAUGUAAAAGUCGUGUAUUUCAAUUGUUUGAUGAAAAAAGUCUUGUUUUUCAAUUGUUUGUUGGAAAAGUCUUGUAUUUUAGUUGUUUAAUGGGAUAAUCUUGUAUUUUAGCUGUUUAAUGGGAUAAUCUUAUAUUUUAGUUGUUUAAUGGGAUAAUCGUGUAUUUUAGUUGUUUAAUGGGAUAAUCUUGUAUUUCAACUGUUUGAGGUGCUGUUAUUUCUGAUGAAAUUGAUGACGUGUUAUUUUGACUUUCUCUCCUCAGCGUCAUUCUUGUACAAAGUCGGCGUUUGGGUGGGUACCUUACUAAUUAUGUCACAACUGAUGGCACACUGAUUCUGUCUAAAUGGAACCUGCCUAACAAUGUUACAACUGUAGCUCAAUGAUUCUGUCUGAAUGGAACCUGCCUAACAAUGUUACAACUUAUGGCUCAAUGAUUCUGUCUAUACCAUGUAUUACUUGCAUGACUUUUAAGACAAUUUUUGUUACAUUAUUAAAUUGUUACAUUAUUAAAUUGUUACGUUAUUAAAUUGUUAAAUUAUUAAAUUGUUACAUUAUUAUAUGGUUAAAUUAUUACAUUGUGAUCCCUCCGUAUUGUCUGUAGACAUAAAAAAAUAUUGUAU